AAUCAUUCCACUCACACUUGCACCAAACAAACCGACUUGUGUGCUAGAUAACGCUAUCGAUUUCUGAUCAACUGGUUGAUCCGCGAUUUAUAUCAACUAAGCGUGAUCAAUGUGAUGAAGAAGGCGAUGAUGAAGAUGAGGUGGUUUAAACUCCGCCCAUAAGCCUCCAUUUAAACAUCAGCUCAACCAUCAAGCAAAACAUCUCGGGUUUAUCGCUGAUUCUUUGAGGGGGAUGCUGCCAUGCCUCCUCCAUCAGAUAUUGUGAAGGUAGCCAUCGAGUGGCCUGGAGCAAAUGCUCAGCUCAUCGAAAUCAACCAGAAGAAACCACUGUCGUCCAUCAUUAGAGAAGUGUGUGAUGGUUGGUCUCUGUCGGGUUCAGAGCAGUUUGCUCUGCGUUACGCUGAUGGUCCACAGCUUUACAUCACUGAACAGAAUCGAGGUGAUAUUAAAAAUGGGACCAUACUGCGAUUAGCCAUCUCUCCUAUGCGUGCUGCCCGACAGCUGUUGGAGCGGAUCCAGUCUCAUAGUAUAGACGCCCGUCUGGAGGCAUUGAAAGAGCUUGCCAAACUUUCUGCUGACCCCACAUUUGCCACUGAAUUCAUUAACAUGGAAGGGCUGGGAACACUUGCUCAGCUGGUGGAGAGCGGCACACACUUUGGAGAGAUGUUGGCAUUCACUCUCACAGCGUUUCUGGAGCUCAUGGAUCAUGGCAUUUUAUCCUGGGAUCUGAUUUCGGUUUCCUUCAUCAAACAGAUUGCAGGUUAUGUGAAUCAGCCAAUGGUAGACGUAUCAAUUCUUCAGCGUUCUCUGGCAAUUCUGGAGAGUAUGGUGCUGAACAGUCACAGUCUGUACCAGCGCGUCGCUCAGGAGAUCACUGUCGGACAACUCAUCGCACACCUGCAAGUGUCUAAUCAAGAGAUUCAGACAUAUGCUAUUGCUCUUAUCAAUGCCCUGUUCCUCAAGACACCAGAGGACAGACGACAGGAGAUGGCAGGUACACUGGAACAGAAACAUCUUCGUGCCAUCAUACUCAAUCACAUCAUUCGUGGUAAUCGACCAGUAAAAGCUGAAAUGGCACAUCAACUGUACGUGCUGCAGGUUUUAACCUUUACCCUUCUAGAAGAACGCAUGAUGACCAAAAUGGAUCCGAAUGACCAGGCACAGAGAGAUAUCAUCUUUGAACUGAGAAGAAUUGCGUUUGAUGGAGAUAAUGAUCCCAGCGGAACAGAGAAGAGGAAAGCCAUCUACACGAAAGACUACAAGAUGCUGGGCUUCACUAAUCCAUUGAAUCCUGCCGUGGAUUUCACGCAGACACCACCGGGAAUGCUGGCGCUCGACAACAUGCUGUACCUCGCCAAACUACACCAGGACACAUAUAUCAGAAUUGUUCUAGAAAACAGCAGUCGUGAGGACAAGCAAGAGUGUCCAUUUGGUCGCUGUGCUAUUGAACUUACACGCAUGCUGUGUGAUAUUCUGCAGGUUGGAGAACUGCCGAAUGAAGGGUGUAAUGACUUUCACCCAAUGUUUUUUACACACGAGCACGCUUGGGAAGAGUUCUUCUGCAUCUGCAUACAACUGCUCAAUAAAACCUGGAAAGAAAUGAGAGCUACGGCAGAGGACUUUAACAAGGUGAUGACGGUGGUGCGCGAGCAGAUCACUAGAGCUCUAGCCAUGAAACCCUCAUCUCUGGAGCAGCUGCGAGUGAAACUGCGCAAUCUGAGUUACUCAGAGGUACUGCGUCUGCGUCAGUCUGAGCGAAUGAGCCAAGACGACUUCCAGUCUCCACCUAUAAUUGAGCUGCGUGAUCGUAUUCAGCCAGAGAUUGUAGAGCUCAUCAAACAACAGCGACUGAAUCGUCUGUGUGAAGGAAGCUGUUUCCGCAAACUUGCCAACAGACGAAGACAAGAAAAGUUUUGGUUCUGUCGUCUGUCUUUGAAUCAUAAAGUUCUGCAUUAUGGUGAUCUGGAUGAGUCUCCACAGGGCGAAGUUCCUUUUGAACUGCUCACAGAUAAAAUUUCAGUGUCUGAUAUUAAAGCAGUAUUGACUGGGAAAGACUGUCCUCACAUGAAAGAGAAGAGUGCGCUCAAACAAAACAAGGAAGUGUUGGAGUUGGCUUUCUCCAUCCUCUAUGAUCCUGAUGAAGCGCUCAACUUUGUGGCACCCAACAAAUAUGAGUAUUGCAUCUGGAUGGACGGGCUCUCUGCUCUUUUGGGGAAGGAGUUGGGGAGUGACCUCACACGAAGUGACCUCAACACAUUAAUGAGCAUGGAAAUGAAGCUCCGCCUCCUUGAUUUGGAAAACAUUACGAUCCCUGAAGCACCGCCCCCUGUGCCCAAGGAACCCAGUACUUACAACUUCACCUAUAAUUAUGGAUGAGAAGUUUGUCCAUUUCCUGUGUUUGCAUUUGCUUGUGUGUGUUUUUCACUCUUUAAAGGUGAAGUGUUUUUUUUUUUUUUUCAAUGUUAAAAUACUUUCUCCUAUCUCAGUGGACUGAGGCAAAACAUUGCUCUGUUUGUUUGAGCGGCCUGACAUGUCAACUUUUUGGCUCAACAAAUGGUGGAAGUUUGGGGUGGGACUACCUGUUUGAGAGAUGAGGGGGGAAAUAAGCAAUUCCAUUUGGUGCGGCUGAUGGUGCAGAAAAAACACACUUCACCUGUAAGCUAGUGUGUGUGCUUUUACAUUCACUAGCAUUGGUUUAAAGAGUAUUUUUCAAUUCUUUAUCAAAUGUUGGUGAGGUAAAAUAGCAAGCGGUUCUUCUGACCACAAAUGUUUGAUUCAAAAAAAGAGCUGGAAUUAUUGCACAGUACACCUUACACAGAAAACAAUUACAACACUUAUAUCUACUACACACUCCUGAAAAACUUGCAUUUUGUCUAAUUUCCCAUGUUGUCAAGUUUACACAAAGAUAAUUUACUUUGAGGAAAUUAACUAAGGAUGAAUUGCAUCUGCUGAUAGCGUAAUUUAUUUGCACGCACUGUUUGCAUUGUUAUAGCACCUGAUUUACUUAAGGAAUUAUGCAAAUCAGUUAAUAGCGUAAACAUGUCCACAAAAUCUGUGCUGAACAUAAUUUGCAUGGCGCAAUUACUGAACUUGCGGGGGUGUGGACUGGAGGAUACAGAAGACUUUUACAGAAAAUUCUGUUUACGACCUGCUAAUAGUACGACAUUAAAGGAAAAGUUCACUCAAAAAUGAAAAAUGCUUUUGUAAUUUACUCACCCUCAUGUUGUUCCAAACCACUAUAACUUUCUCUCUUGUGUGGAACACAAAAGGAGAUGUUGUAGUCCUUUCCCAUUUUUUUUUCAAAACAUUGGAAGUUGGUAGCGACUUUGAAACUUAAAAAAGAACUGAAAAAAGUAUCAUAAAAAGGAGGAGGCAUGUUUACACUGAAAAUAAUUAAAAUAAAUUAAUUUAGUUCAUUUUCCCACAUUGUCAAGUUUACACAAACAUAAUUCUGUUUAAUAUUGACAUCGCUACAUUUAUGCAGUGAUGUAAUAUGUUAAAAGCCUAUAUGAGUAAAAAUGAAAGAAUAAUUAAGAAAUAAAAUUAAGAACUUUGUACCCCCUACUGUCUGCAGACAACUAAUAUUUACUGACAUUUGCUAUUGUCAAUACAAAUAUAUUUUUGUAUUUGAUGUGAAAGACACUGUAAGAAAACAAAGGUUGCUUGAAAGAAAGAAUAAGUGUGAACAAAAAGAUAGAAACAGUGUUACGUAGUGUAAUAUUGAAUACUGACCCGUACUUUAUGACUAACACAAUUAACUACUGAUGUCAAUGUAUUAUAACCUCUCUGUAGCUGUCAGAUAUCAACAAUCAAAAUAGUAAACACACUGUCCAAAAAAGGGCCAUCUCUAUACAAUCCUUUAAAAAUCUGUUAAAUAUUAGCCAUAAGAUUUCAUUCUUGUAGACUACACAUUUAUUUGGGGAUUCCUUUGUUACAGUACCAGAACAUGACUGGUCAAUUAAUAGUGGGUGAAAUGGUGCCAUUUAAGUGAUUUACACACCUUAUGUAUUUACCUGUGGUUGCUUUCAUAUUGCUUUGCAAAGUGUACGGUUAUUCCGUGUGAAACUUGAUAAAGAAAAUGUAUAACUCUAAUACUGGUAUCAGAUGGAUUACAGACAAAGGUUUAAAUGUUUGCUCAAAUAUAACCGUUUCAGAUGGUAGAUUGUGUACAUGUUGUUAGAUGGAAUAUUGUAUACAUAAUAAAUACGUAGUGCCUUCAGAAAGUAUUAACUCCAUAUCAUUUCAAAAUUAUCAAAAUUAGUAGAUAAAAUCAGCAUAAAAAUAGUAUUGGAUUCAUUUUUCCUCUUGAAAUGUGUUGAAUGUGUUGUUGAAUGGAGAAAAAAUAUCUCAUUGGUUUAGAAUCUGGUGGUGUAACAGGAACAAAAUACUGAAUACCUGUGUGUGAAUACUUUCUAAAGUCACUGUACAGUAUAUUAACUAUAUAUUGUGCUGCCACAGUAAUUGAAAUACGUUUGUGUGCCAUAAUAAAAACUUUAUGAGUGUUAA